UUGAUAAGAAUAAUCUUGCCUUUAUUUAACCAUAGAUAAUAUUGAUAUAAAAAUUCAUAAACCACUUGAUUCUAAUAUAAAUGAACAUAAUAAUAAAAUAUAAAAAUCAUAAGUUAUGAAAAGAUAUUGAUCAAAGGUUUUAAAAUGAGUUUAAAACAGGGACUUUCAAGUGAUAUCCUGAUAACUCAAGUUAACAAAAAUACAAAUAAGCUAAACUUGAAUUCACUGUAAAAAUGGCGACUGGUGGUGAACAUGUACUUUCAUCGGAUCAAAUUUACGAUUUUUGCUGCUCAUCAUGUGAAGAAGACAAUGUUAAUACAGAGGCUCAGUUUUCUUGCAAGGAAUGUGAAAACUACCUCUGCAACAAGUGCAUAAAACUGCACAAUAAACUCUUCAAGAAGCAUGACCUGCUUGGACGCUCUGAUGUCGCAAAGUGGGUGGGGAAAAAGUGUGAAACCAGUCUGGAAAAGUGUGAAAAACACCCGGAGGAGAGUGUGAAGAUGGUGUGUGAGGACCAUGAUGAGCUUUGCUGCUCUCUCUGUGUUUCCCUUUCUCACAGAAUGUGUCGCAGCAUUAGACUCAUUGAUGAUUUAGCAAAAGGAGUCAAAAAUACAGACCAAUUAAAAGACCUGACUCAAAGGGUUAAAGCAAUUAACACCGAACUUAUUACAAUGAAAAAGAAAAGGCUUAGCAACAAGAAAGCUCUACAAGAUUCAGAUAAAAACCUGGUCCAAGAUAUUCAAACCAUUAGAGAAAAGUUCUUAGCAUCCCUUCAAGAGCUGGAAAUUGACAUUGGUGAAGAAAUGGACACUCGAAAGGACAUAUUUGUAGGAAAGCUUCAAGAGGAUGUUACACAAUGUACAGAAAUGCAUGACAAGUUGAUUAAAACACUGGGCUAUUCUCAAUCGGAUGAUGAAAGGAUGUCUUACAUUGGCUAUAGAAGGUGUCAAGAACAGGUAAAAGAUGCAGAAAUAAGCCUGAACAAAAUGUCAAAGAUACCAGAGUAUAAACUUUCAUUCAAGAUUGAGAAAGAUUUAGACAAUCUUUUUGACAGUUUAAAAAGUGUAGGCAAAGUAGUUUCCACUCCAAGCUUUGAUGAAUGUGAUUCAAAACCAGAACAAUUUGUCCAUGACACGAAAACAGAAACAAACAGUACCACUGCAAGAAAAUGCUAUGAUCCAAACUAUGCGUUCACAACCAAAGCGACACACAUCCACAAUUUGAGGACAAAAGAUGAGAAAGCAUGCUGUAUUAAAGGUAUUUGUGAGCUACAGACAGGGGAAAUAGUGCUGGCCGACUGUGCCAAUGAUAAAAUGAAAGUUUUAAACAGGGAGUUUAAAAUAGUCACUACUCUAAAUCUUCCACAACACACUGAAAAUAUGUGCAUUGUAGGUGGAAAUGAAGUUGCACUGGCAGUAGAUGAUGCUAAAAAGAAACAUGAAGUUCAUUUUAUAACAAUUGACAAAUAUAACGAUUUUGACACAAGAUAUAUCAGCAAGUUUACAGUGGCACACUACUGCAAUGCUGUAAGCUUUCGCAAUGACUAUGUGUAUGUUGGUUCAGAAUCGUCUGUUUACUUGUAUAGCAAAAAAGGGGAAUUUAUCAAAAUAGUCUAUCAGGCAUUAGGGCUUGCAAACACAUUGAACGGAAUCCACGCUAGCAACGAUGGACAAAGAGUUUACCUAACUGACUCAACAAACCAUAAGGUGAUAACCAUUAAUAAUCAUGGAACAAAAUUAGCAACUUGCCAGGAUCAAGAACUAAUAUUUCCUGUCAGUUUAUGUGUAAGUGAACAUGGGCAUGUGUUCGCCUGUGCACUUAAGUCCAACUCUGUACUGCAAAUUGACACAGAAGGAAACAGAAAGUUAAGAACAUUAGUCAGUGGCAAUAAAAUCCACAAUCCACUUGUGGUGUGGUUUUCCACAAGGUCACAGCAGCUCAUGGUAGCUGGUAUAACAAAUGAUUUACUUGUAGCUGACCUGAUAUAACUUAAAGUUACUUGCAGCUGACCUGAUUAACUUAAAGUUACUUGCAGCUCACCUGAUUAACUUAAGGUUACUUGAAGCUGACCUCAUAUAACUCUAAGUUACUUGAAGCUGACCUGAUUAACUUAAAGUUACUUGCAGGUGACCUGAUUAACUUAAGGUUACUUGAAGCUGACCUCAUAUAACUCUAAGUUACUUGAAGCUGACCUGAUUAACUUAAAGUUACUUGCAGCUGACCUGAUUAACUUAAAGUUACUUGCAGCUCACCUGAUUAACUUAAGGUUACUUGAAGCUGACCUCAUAUAACUCUAAGUUACUUGAAGCUGACCUGAUUAACUUAAAGUUACUUGCAGCUGACCUGAUUAACUUAAAGUUACUUGCAGCUCACCUGAUUAACUUAAGGUUACUUGAAGCUGACCUCAUAUAACUCUAAGUUACUUGAAGCUGACCUGAUUAACUUAAAGUUACUUGCAGCUCACCUGAUUAACUUAAGGUUACUUGAAGCUGACCUCAUAUAACUCUAAGUUACUUGAAGCUGACCUGAUUAACUUAAAGUUACUUGCAGCUGACCUGAUUAACUUAAAGUUACUUGCAGCUCACCUGAUUAACUUAAGGUUACUUGAAGCUGACCUCAUAUAACUCUAAGUUACUUGAAGCUGACCUGAUUAACUUAAAGUUACUUGCAGCUCACCUGAUUAACUUAAGGUUACUUGAAGCUGACCUGAUAUAGCUUAAGGUUACUUAAAGCUGAUCUGAUAAAACUGUAAGCUAGUUGAAACUGAUCUAAAAUAUGUUUACAUUAAUUGAAGCUUACUUGAUAUAACUUUAGGUUACUUGAGGAUGACAUGAUAUAAUUUAAGGUUACUUGAGGAUGACCUGAUAUAACUUUAGGUUACUUGAGGAUAACCUGAUAUAACUUUAAGUUACUUAAGGAUGACCUAAUAUAACUUUAGGUUACUUGACGAUGACCUGGUAUAACUUUAGGUUACUUGACGAUGACCUGAUAUAACUUUAAGUUAAUUGAGCAUGACCUGAUCUUACUUAAGGUAAUUAAACCUUAAGUUUGAAGAUGCAACAUUCUUCCUAAGUGUUUUGUUUUCUUUGUCCUUUGUAAGCAUUGAAUGGUCAUAUGACUUAAUUUGGUGAAUAGCAUACAUAUAGCCACUGUCAAGAGCAGUGAUGACAAAAUUGUAUUAACCAUUGCUGUUAGUUAACAGUCUCAAACAAACCAAGACUGCAUUUUCUUCCUUUGGGUCCCAUUUCUAAACUUUUCAAAAAAAAGGUUUAAAAAUAUCUGGGGGGAAUGUAAGAGGUUGUCUCUUAAGGGGAAAAGCUCUAUUCAUAAAACCGUGAAACAGACAGAACUUACUUUAUGGCGCGAAAGACUUAUUAGUGACAGGGAUUUUUUACUAUUCAAAAAUCUCCAUAAACAAAUUAAGCCAUGUGUUGUGUGGCAGUCCGCAAAUAAUCGCUCGGACUUAAAACUUGCGCAUUUUAUUGCUAACUUGUGGCUAGACAAGCCCUCUUUACUGCACUCCGUCUGCUUAAUUUGCAAACGCGUGUUCUUUAACAAAACCGAGCAUAUCGUGUUUGCUUGUGCGUGUACAGCAGCUGUACGCGAUAGUUCUUAUUGUAAUAUAAACAUGGUAUUUGGUCAACAUGUCGGAUCCGACUUAGCUAAAAAAGAUUUGACAAUUUUCAGAGAUUUUGUUUUAGGGAGCAAGUACAUACAAAAUGAAGACUAUAAUCAAUUGCUGUUAUGCAAGCUCAGUUUUCGUUAUGUACAAGAUGCGUUCAAUGUAUACAAUACUUUCGAUAGUGUUUAAAUAAUACUGAAACAGUGGCAUUUGUGCAUAUAUUGCGUAAGAUGAUUAUGUCUAUAUUGUAUGAUCAUACAAUUGCUGUUAGUUUGUCAUAAAUAUUGUGUUUGACUUGAACCCAUUGUAUACAUGUAUGUAUUACUCUCAUGCUAAUUCUUGCAUGAAUUAACUUUUUCUACUGACAUAUUUAAACAUGCUUAUAUAUAUUACAUUGUGUUCUAAUCUCCCACGCAGAGGAUAUAUUGAAAUAAAUGAAUGAAUGAACA